AAGUGUUCAUUAAACAAGACCAGUGUUGGGGAAGUUACUUUAAAAAAGUAGUGUUUGCUCGUUACUCGUUACUAGUGUUGUCAAAAGACCCGGUACUUCGGUACCAAGCCGGUACUAAAAAAAAAAAAAAGUUACGGUUCCACGUUUUUUUAAGAACCGGGUACCCGGUCAACCCGGUUCUUGAUGCGCAAGGUGCGCACGCAGUCGCAUCCUCGUUAUAUAAGCACUGAGACAUGGCGACCGGCGGUGCUGCUGAUGCAGCGGCGGCUCAGAAUCCACUUGUUGAGAAGAAAGGAGGAAAGAGCCACGUAUGGAGAUAUUUUGGGUUUGCAGCUGAUGACAAGGGUAACAUUAUAGAUCCCCAAAAACCAGUUUGCAGAAGAUGUCACCGAAGUUUUCUCUCAAGAGGAGGAAACACUUCAAACUUAAUAAAGCACCUUAAAGACAGGCAUCCGGAUCUAAUGAGAGAGUUUAAGCAGCUGCAGACUGAGGAUGAUCAUCAAACACCUCAGCAAACUCUAAAACAGACAACAGUUACAGAUGCUUUUCAGCAGCAGCAGAAAUAUGACAAAAACUCAACUGAAGCAAGAAAACUUAACCGAGCUGUUGCAGAAUUUUUAUGUACAGAUCAAGUGCCCAUUUACACGGUUGAAAAACGUGGAUUCCAGCAAAUGCUUCAUCACCUAAACCCAAAAUACCAGCUUCCAAGCCGAAACUUUUUUAUGUACACAGAGAUUCCCCGCCUGUACAAUGAAACGAGGGAUAUCAUAAUCCAGCAUCUCGGAGAGAAACCGUUUUACAGCUGCACAACAGAUCUUUGGACAAGUAGAACUGCAGACACUUUUAUGUCUGUAACUCUGCAGUACAUUACCAAAUUGUGGGAAUUGCAAUCCUGGUGCCUUGGCUGUUGUGGUCUCAACACAGAUCACACUGCUGAAAGUUUGAAGGAGGCCUUUGAAGAGAAACUUGAAGACUGGAAUUUGGACAUCAUAAGAAUGUCAGGCAUCACAACUGAUAAUGCCACAAAUAACAAAAAAGCCUUCGAAGACUACACCUGGAUUCCUUGCUUUGGACACAAUCUCCAUCUUGCUGUAAAUAAGGCAUUAGAGAUUAGCAGGGUGUCUGCAUCGCUGUCAAGGCUCCGAAAAACAAUCUCUGCCUUUACAAGAUCCCCAAAACUUUCACGUCAGCUUGUCAAAAAACAGAAAGAUCUCUCCUCUCCAGACCAUAAACUCAUUCAUGAUGAACCCACUCGCUGGAAUUCUUCAUACGAUAUGGUGCAACGUUUCUUGGAGCAACAGCAGGUUGUCUGUGCUGUGCUGGCUGAAGACAGGAAAAAAUGGUAUCUGAUGCCAAAAGACACGGACAUUACAGUUUUAGAAACUGUUAAAGCAGUUCUCGAGCCUCUCAGUCCUUUUACAGAUGCACUUAGUGGGGAAAAACAUACCACCCUGUCCUCAGUCUUGCCAUUGCUUUGGAAGAUAUAUGAUUGUCUCAGUUAUGAACAAAGUGACUCUGCAUUAACCCAGGAGAUGAAGGAGAAGAUAAACGAGUAUCUUCGGCAUCGCUAUGAUAACCUGCAGCUACAGCUUCUUUUAAACACUGCAACUUACCUUGAUCCAAGAUUUAAGAACAGCUUUGUUUCUCUUAAGGAUGAUGUGAAGCAAAGUCUCCUGGAUGAGGUGAAGAAAAUGGGCAAUGAUGGAAAUGUAUCUCAAGUUUCUGGAGAGUCAAGUCAAGUGAGGCCUUCUAAAAAAUCCAAAACUGACCUGAAGCAACUUCUCUCCACCAUACAAGGGGAAAAGAAAGAAAAAGGAGAACCAGCAUCCUCAAGUCAAACACAGCUUACUGCAAGUGACGAGUUAAAUGGUGAGUUCUUGGUGUACAGUCAGAUGCCUGAGGUCAGUGCUGAGGAUGAUCCACUUUCAUGGUGGAAAACAAAUAUGGGUACACUACCUCAACUAUCAGAGUUUGCCAGGAAGUAUCUGUGCAUUGCUGCAUCAAGCUGUUCAUCUGAAAGAGUAUUCAGUACUGCAGGGUAUAUUGUAAGCCCAAGACGCUCAAGACUGACUCAGGAACAUGUUGAUAUGUUAGUGUUUCUUUCAAAAAAUCUGGAAAUGACAAAAAAGUUACCCAAGGAAAAUUAA